AUUGGGCGGGGUAUUUUCUCCCCACCCCACCAGGCGCUCCGAUUGGUUUGGGAGGUGGGCGCUGAGCGCGCGGGCGCGGCUGGAGGCGCUGAGUGGUGGCGCUCCUGCCGAGGGCGGGCGUUCGAAUGAGGCGGGAAGCGGCGGUUGGGGGCCAGGCUAGCUCGAGCGCUGCCGUUCGCCCGCCCGAGUUCCACAUUGUCUAUUGUUGACUUCUUUUAGCCAAGAUGUCAGUGAAUCCUAUGGCAUAUGAAGCCCAGUUCUUUGGUUUUACCCCUCAGACAUGUAUGCUUAGGGUCUACAUUGCAUUUCAAGACUACCUGUUUGAAAUGAUGCUGGUUGUGGAAAGAGUCAUUCUGAAGAAACUAGAAGGCUUUCCUGACUCUAAGAUCAGUCCAUUCCAAAUCCGUAAGAGCACAGAGAAAUUUCUUCUCUUCAUGAAGGAGCGCUUUGAUCACCUCUUCAGCAAAAUGGAACAAAUGCUUUUGCAGUUGGUGUUAAACAUCCCUAAAAAUGUUUUACUUCCUGAAGACAAGGUCCACGAGCAGUACCCCUACAGUAAGGAACAGUUUCAAACUCUUCAAGGUGAAAUUGAUCAACUACAGAAACAAUACAAGGUCGAAGUGUCUGCUGGACAGGCCCUUUUAGCAGAAUUAGAAGAACAGAAAAUGGUUCAGGCAGAACUUGAGAAGACCCUCCAGUGGUUUGAUGGGCUUGAGAACAUAUGCAGAGAGCACGGGACUAGCAAUUUAAAGGAAAGCUUUGCAUUCUUGACGCAAACUUCUAAGAAACUGCAAGAUAUACUAAAGGAAGUUGAAAAGAAAAACAAAAGAUUGCAAAAAAGUAGUCUCCAUGCAGUGUAAAGGAAGUACUGAAAGGGCAGCAGAGAAACCAAUAAGACAAUACUUUUGUUACAAUACAUUUUUUGAGGAUAUCUCCAGAAGCAUUUGUAUAUAAGGUUUUGGGGGUUUUGCCCCCUCUUCCUUGCCAUACCAGUUUGCUGGUGAGUGCAAUAUUCUGGCAAACCAUCAUUUUCCCCUCCUGAAUUCUAUAAAUACUGCUUCAACAUUUCUUUAAGUAAAUAACUAUAUCCCCCUAAGAAUGUCUAAAUGAAUUGUCUGAAUGGUAGAGGUGCAGACGCAAAAUAAGUGCAUUGUAAUAAAGACUUCAAUUCUCUGCACUAGUUCAUUUAAGCAACCUUAGUAGAUAGGAAGCUUUUUCUUUAAUGUAGAAUAGAUUAGAAGCAUCUUAAUCUUAAACUAUUUUUUUGGAAGUCAAGACUUGUCAGUAUUGAAAUGUUCCAUUUAGAAAUGUAAGAAUGUGACAUCAUAGUAAAACUUAGGCCUUGAGGAGAAAUACAUUUAAUAAAUGUUGGAAUUGGAAUUAAUCUAGACACUGGUAAGUGGUUUCUAAAACAGAGGGGUUAGUUAUUACUUCCAGUAUUUAAAAAAAAA